UAAAGGGACAGUGUCACUCCGCUUCCUUCCUGCUUCCUGUAGCUUCCACAUUUUCCGUACGCGACGUGUCGGGGUCACAGAUGCAGAGGGGAAACGAACGUGGUUUGUGCGGAUGGGUCCGGAUGCCACAUUUCAAUACGUUACCGUUUAGAGACGCUUGUCUGUCUCACGUGGACCUCGCGCACUGUGUUGUGACAGUGCAAAUGGGCGUCUCGGUGCUCGUGCAUUGUCUUCAUUUGCAUUGAUCCGUCUUGAACAAGGCUUCAGUGGAAAUGGGGGACACUCGCAAUAUUGUGACACCCGAAGUGAUCUUUGGUCAGAAAGAAGAAAAGUUGCAAAAGGAGCAUGGGGAAUGAUUUGUUGUGAUGUCCUGCGUUUUGAACAUGAACUAUCAGACAUCUGACACCUGCAGACUGAUGUGAUGUCUGAGACAUUCGGCCGCUGCUCAGUGGAGGAAAACCACCUACAGCAGCAUCAUAUAGGAGGACACCAUGUGAGUAAAUGGCAGUGAAGGAGUCUGGACUGAAUCAGUGUGACAAAGGAAGAACCAACCCGUACUGUUGGAUGAGAACUGAUGAGCUGUCCAAGCUGGCAACAGCAUGCCAACUGCAAAAGAUAAAGGUGGUUCCGCGUCCCACCGCCACCACCCUGCCUCAGAAUACGAUGAUGCCAGCCUGGCCCAAAAGAGAGAAUACUGGAGAACCAAGAAACGAGAGCAGAGGGCUCGACUGUCCGAGCGAAGAGGGAAGCCAGCACAGUACAGUCGAGGGAAAAAGCUUCUACAUCUAAAUACCACUGCAGUGGUGGAUUCCAGUUUAUCUGGUAGCUUAGCUGCUCCCUCUUCUCCUGUGCAGAGUAAUGACGAAUCAUAUAAAACACCCGAUGUCUCCCCAGCAUCCCAUAGUGCAAAUGCACUGGGAGUGGGUUCAUUUGAAGCCCCUGAAAGCCAAAAGCCGAAGUGGUUCCACACAAUGAAACUCGACAAGGUCUUGCCUCAGUUCCCAGCAUCAUGUUCCCUCUCAGCCAAAGCUGCUAGUGGCAACACAGCCACGUUAAAAUGCAGAACAACAAGGGGGGCUGUGAACAGAGCCGUUACCUCACCCACAGCUAGUGGAACCCAGCUGAACUCCAGUUCCUCAGUGCCUCUAGUCAGAGUGACCAGAAUUACCAAUGGCAGCUCUGCCCAAACAACACCUCAGCCACGUGUGUCUAUGCAAGGCACAUCAGUCCUAAAAAUGCAACACAAACAACAUGUUGCAUCACACAGUCAGCCCAAACUCUCACCUACCAAUGUGGCCAUGGGUAGGAUUCUUGUGUCCUCUCCAUGUGGCCCCAUCUCCAUAAAAACAGAGGGUAAAGAAGAGAACACAACACCUCCAAGUGGAACAAAGAGUGCCUUGGUCACCACACAGAGAGCUAAAGGUGUCGGCAACUCGCAACCUUCCAUAGAGUCCGAGGAGGAGAGAGCGGCCAGACGCAGAGAGCAUUGGCGGAUCAAAAAGCGAGAACAGAGAGCAAAGCUGGCAGCUCAGAUAGCUAAAGCCAGAGAUAGGACGCAGGCCACAGAGAUGACGGUACAGAGGCAAAUGGCACAAAAAACAAGACACAUGGGUCCCACAGCACGUCAGCAUCUUCCAUCUCAGUCGUUUUUAGAAGGAGCGGGUCCUACUCAGGCCAGAGCUACAUUCAGGCCAGCCAAAAAGAGAAAUGAUAAACUGCAAAUUGGGGCAGCGAGUUUGGCCACAGUUAACCUGCAGAUAAAAGUGCAGAAUCCACAUGAGACCAGGAAAGCACAGACAGCAAUUGCAUCUGACGUUAUUUCUGUGAGAAAAUCAGGGGAAACGCUGAGAAGGUUUCCAAGUUAUGUACAUCUUUCCAAUGUUACCAGAGGGAUCGUGCGAUGUAAAACACCUAGACAGAGGUUCAUUGAAGCCCAGAGGAGUUUGAUGAUUCAAAGAAACAUGAGAUGUAAGUCCCCACUGCUUGCUUCAGUGUUUGGUACCAGAAAUAUCCCCAGAAUCGACCCCAAUGACACACCCGAGCAGAUAAUAGCCAAACGGCGAGAGUACUGGCGGAUUAAAAAGAGGGAACAGCGAGCUAAGUUGUCGCUGGAGGUGAGAGCUCGGUUGAAGGAGAGGGACUCUCUGAUGCGAAGAGUGAAACGCUACCAGAAUAUCCUAGAGGAGAUGAGGAAAGCCAGAGCACUGACACAAUCAGCAGGGAGCACUCUCACCCAUGCGUCUGAAACCAUAGGAGGGUUCAUCAAAGAGGAUGGGACAGUGACCAUUAAAAUCCCCCAGGUUUCAACAUGUCACAACACAGCAUCUCGUAAAAGUGAAGAAGAACUUCUUGUCCAAAGUUCCAGCAAUACCCACGUUACACAGCCUCAAUAUCAGCCUCAUACGAGAAGAAGAGGUGUAACCCCAGUUAGAAUAAACCAGCCCUUCUGCCCAGCUCAGGUGAAAGUCUCUUUUCCUCUUUCUGGAAAGUCAGUCAACAAACAUUCAAAACUACUGUCAGCGAGAGCAAGGACUCAACGUGAAAGCACAACUGUAAUUAAUUCUCACUCGCCAUCAGCCCAAGCUGUAGGGCAGCUGACUCUCACUCAUCCUCAAACCCGUCAAAAUGCCAUUUCUGGAGGAUCGAGGAUAGGGUCCAACCUCGGGAGCUGCGUCAUGAAAAUGGCUGUUUCAAGUAGUGCUGAAUCUCUGGCUCUGUCUCUGGAUCCAGGGCUUACCGAGGAAGAGAGAAUGGCAAAGAAGAGGGAGUACUGGAGGAUAAAGAAACGUGAGCAGCGGGCAGCCCGUGCGGCGCGACUGAAGCAGGGUGUCUUACAAGCGAGGGCCAAUGCAGCCUUACAGAGGAGAAAGGCCCAGAAGCAAGUAGCAUUGAACUCUGCACCACUGAGCAAACGUCUCUCUAACCCAACAGAAAACGCACAACCUCCCCCAGACAACAGUGUGCCCGUUACACCAAAUGCAAAUGAGAUAAAACAAGAGACUGAGUCUGUGCCAGCAGUUGACCUAAAUUCUCAACCAGAACAAGCCAUCUGUCCAGAUAUCAAACGCCCAACCUCCCCGCCACUGCCAUCGCCACCUCCAGCGCCCCAGCCAGAGUCCGAUCCCGCUCUGAGCGCAGACAGCCAGGCUACCACUCUGCGAGCCGUGGCCUCUAUGAAGAAGCUCCUGGAAGAAUCACUUAGCACAGUGAGGGACUGUAAAAGUCAGCAGCCUGACAUGAAAACGGAGCCAGCAGAGGAGGCCUCAGAGCAAGAGAUGAAGCCAAAUUUACCUCAGCUCUUUUUUGAAGAGGAUGAGGUGGCUCCUCUGGCUGCUAACCUGACGUUGCAGAUAAAAAGCUGGCAGCCAGACACUGACGCCCCAGUACACUCACGUUCACCAAGCCCUCAUUUCAAAAACUCACCACAAAUUAGUGAGACACCUUCACCUAUUCCUACCUCCAGUGAUGUUAUUCUGCUUCCCACCUGUGAGCACGCCUCCCAAACCUCUCCCACAUUCACAUUAAACCCCUCCAUGGAAGACUCCGAUGGUCCGUCCUCACCACGCAGAACCCAGAGGCUUCGCGCUAAAAAGGUGGACCAUCAAGACCGCCGCUCCCCAGAGCCGCCAGAGCUCCAUCACCUGCCCGUCGGUGAGCUACACCCGCAGCAAGAACACGGUGAACAACAGUGUCAGGCACAAGAAGAGUGCCAAAACAGCAUGUCGCCAUCAGCACAAAGAUAUCACAGCGUGGGGACUGAGCUGGUCGGCUUGACCAGCCUGCAGAGGAAGAGGGAGUACUGGAAGCUGAUGAAGCGGCAGCAGAGGGCCAGGUUAAAGGCCAGGCAGAAGGAUAGGCAGGGAGGAGUGAGCAGUCGGCAAACCCAGGCUCCAGGUUUUGGUAUCUUCAACAAUGUUAAGCGUGUAAAUCCUCAAGUGAAGCCAGCUCUCAAAUCCAAGUCAUCCAUUGCCUCUCUAGCAGUGUCCAGCAUCCCUGCUCUCAGCCCAACAACAUGUCAUGCUGAACAGUCACCGCACGCACUCCAGUUGAAACUGCCUGUCCUCAGUGUCUCCUGUUCACCCAGAAGUGAGCAGAACAACACAGACGUUGGACCUUCACAGAUCGUGUCACGCUGUCUAGACGCUUCUGAGAAUCAGCAGCAAGCCAUGCCACGUUUUCAAAUAUCAAUGUCUCCGAGCACAGAUGUGGACUCAGCCUGCCUUCCUACUCUGAUGCCUCCAGACAACCCCCUUUCCAGCAUCAACCUGCAACCCAUUGAACCCCAUGUUAAAACUUCUGAUCCCACCCUCAGUGCAAUAAAAAUCCCAUCUCAGCUUCAUAGCCCCUCACAUAUGAUGCAUUCUCCCUGUAAGCUGGUGCCUGUAAGCACCAUGGCUCCACCAAAACCAAUCCCCGGGGAGUCUGAGGAGGACUUUCUGAGGAGGAAGCGAGAGUACUGGAGGAUAAAAAAGAAGGAGCAGCGAGCCCGGAAGGCCAUUCAGGACAAGGCAGGCACCACGAAGAGAGUUGCCAAAGACUGGAGGCCCAUCCUACCUGCACAGGACGCACCGGCACAGGAUUCUGGUCAGUGGUUGAGCUCCUCUGAUGAGUCAGAACAUCUAAUGAGCACUUCAGUGGACACUGACCAGGAAUCAUUUCCGUAUCCAAAUUACACAGCACCGGAAGAAGACGACCCAGAGCUGCUGUUCACUGACUAUGAGAACAACAGUGGGGAGGAAGGUUCCAUCUCCGACGGCGUGUGGAGGUACAGUUACCUCAUGGACUACGACCCACUCAACCAGCUGCUGGUGUGCAUGGUGUGUGGGGAGCUGCAGUACUCUCACAGCCUGGAGGGCGUGAGGGCCCACAUCGAUGAUGCCCACCCAGACACCCUGACGCUAGAAGCCGCGGAGAGACGGCGAAUAUUGGAGGCCUGGGACGAGCAGGUGUCCCAGCGGGAGCGCUUUUUCACCAGCCAACUCCAGCAGCACAGCGGUACAUCGUGACCUCAGAGAGAAGACAUGUAGAGAGUGCAAGAAUAAGGCAGGAAGUGAUUAGAAGAGAACAUGUCCUGCAGGAGUCAACUGAAGAUCCUGGACCCGCAGAGAACCCCCACACUUGCGUCGUCUUCUUUAUUUAUUGUUCUUUUUUUUUUUUUUUUUCAAUCAAUUUGUUUACCUUCAUAGAAAGUCACCUUGAAAAGAAUGCUGCGCUCGCCCUGACAGCAGCUUUACCUCAUUUUCCCGCCAGGAUUGUAAUAUUGUUUCUUCAGUACGGACACUUUUAUACUGAAGCUGCCACAACUGAGAUUUUGUAAUAUUUAAAUAUUUAAUAGAGAGGUCCAACAUUGUGGGGAACACAGUCUCUGUGCUAAGAUGGACUAAAUGCACCCUGGAUCUCUUUAGUAGACAAAAAUCAAAUACACAUUCAUUUUAAUUCAUUUGAAUUUUGCUCCUUUUAUUUAAAAUCCCCAGUUAUUUAAAUGUUUGCCACGAACUAUGAAUCCAAUCUGAUGGAUUAGACAUAACUAGCAGUGUGCAAACCCUAAGGGAAAAAAACACAUUGUUUUAGAUGUGGGCUGUUCUUUCAAAGGUAUUUUUAAAUUCUAAAUAUAUUUUUGUAAUCCCACUGUGCUUAAUGCUUUGCUUAAGCCAGACCCUUGACUGCAUCGUUUUACGCACACUGUGCUACUCAGUUCAACUUCUCUUCCACACAACGCUAAUGCGAGCAUGAUGAGGUGAUGGCCAGUGCUGCAAAAAAAAUAUUAGAUUUAAAGAUCCAGGAUUUCAGGUCAUUCUUGAAACUUUUUGAGAUCACAAAAGUACCCUUGAAAAUACAACCCACUGUGGCACAGUUACAGGUGAAACGUAAGAUUUUAGUUUUCCCUCCCAAGGCUUGCUUUCAUUCUGUUGAUUUAUUUAUCCAGCAGACACAGCAGCAGUGGUCACGUUCGAGCUACAGGUCAGAUUAAAGACGGCUGCGGCAGAAAAGCCCUGAGGUUAACGAAUUAACCCAGGGUCUGUUACACUGAUAUGAAUUCAACUUUUUAAUUUUUUUGUCCAACAGUUACAUGGACUCGCUUUAAAGUCAGACCAAUGAUGAGUCACCAGAGCGACUACCUUACGAUUCAAUGACAACUAUGGGAUAUGAAACAGCUUAAAAACAGAGAGAAGGGUUGUAUCAGACAUUGUUGAACGAUCGAACAGAUGAAUAAAAUGGUAUAAAAUAUAAAGGUGCAGUGUCAGAUUUUGAAGGAUGUGUUGUAAUCGCUGUUGUCGGAGUCAUAUCAGAGCUAUUAUCAAACUAUAGAUAUUUAUAGUAGAUUAUUUAGUAAAUGUAGAUUGAAUCCCAGUGUCAGCCAGCUAUCAGAAAAUGUGUCUACACACAUACAGCACAAGAAUCAAAACACUUUAUACUGUAGUGUAGUUGUAUGAACUGAUAGUUGCUAUCAGAUUUGUAUAAAGUUUUUCCUGCACUCCAGCAGGUGUGAUUCAGGUCUGAGACCCUUAUUAUUUACUGAAUUGUUAUAUUGGCAUCAGGAACUGUUCCACAUGUUUUUGUAUGUGGUAGCACCGUGUUGUUCGAACCUUAAACUUUACACAUGUCCUCUGCGAC